AUGUCGUCUCCAUCGAAUUUAUUGCCGGUGUUUCUCUGCGGCAGACGUUUCGAGAUCGGCAAGCCGAUUGCAGAGAUCCUGGCUCCCGAAUUCGAGGUCCCUCAGUGGUCCGGUCCAUUGGAACGUUUCCAGCUCCUCAUCACACCAACCUGCAACAUCCACACCUUCAUCACCCAUACGCACCGACUCCCAGUCAUCCACUUCUGCAUGGAUGCAGAAACAGCCAUCACCGAGAUCCCACGCCUGGCGGGUAAAGUCAAAGAGAAGUUGAUGAAGUGGCAGAAGGGGGGGGCACCUACCUGCUCCCUACUCUCCUCGAGUAUUGACAUGUUCACCCUUCUUGACUUUCAGAAAUAACAAUAUGUCAUCUUCAAAACAAACGGAUCCUCAACACUGUCAACACUCAACAGUAAUCUGUCUCUAGAAUCCAUGUCACCACAUCACGAAGCGGGAAUGAGCUCCAGCUGCACGGACGACACCCUCUCACUCCAGUCUCUCGGCGGCUCCACGGUAAACCCCGCAUCCGCUCACCCACGCGACACUUUCCCCGGACUGGGCCUCAGCCAGCUCCUCCAGAACGACGAUGGAAGGAAAAUCGCAAUGAAUGGCCGCGUGGAUUUCCAUCACAACUCUCGGGCGAUCGAUCAGCGAGACGAAUCACCUACUACUAUAGAAUUACGACUCGCACCGGAUAAGAACUUGAUUCAGAUCCAGAUCCAGAUCCCUCCCCGGCUGACGUUGCCGAAGUCCACGAUCUUCCCGAUAGACAUGUUCAACACGAAAACUGGGGCCCCUGUCCUAUGA